AUGUUGCGGGCAUCGUUUCUUUCUCGGGCCGUGAUUCGGGGUCUUUCCACAGCCCAACCGGCAGUGGCAGCUCAAAGCGAAAAAGUUGAUAAAGAUUCUCUAAUGAAACUUCGCCGCAAAACAGGAUACAGUUACGUGAAUUGCAGAAAGGCUUUGCUUCAAUUUGGAACUGAUUUGAGUGCUGCGGAAAAAUGGUUACGACAAAACGCGGAAAAGGAAGGUUGGGCUAAAGCUGCCAAACUUUCAAGUCGACAAACAUCUCAAGGGCUUGUGUCAGUGAAAACAGCUGGAAAGGUAGCUGCAAUUGUCGAAUUAAGUUGUGAAACGGACUUUGUCGCUCGAGGAGAGCCUUUCAAACAAUUGUUAGCUUCGCUUGUUACAGCCACUCUUGAACACGCAAAAAGCGUGCCAGCACAGCACUCGGACAAAAUUUCUACUCAGACCCUUGAUGUCGACUCAGUGAAAACCGCUGAUGGAAAAUCCUUGAGGGAAGUCAUUGCAAUGGGUGUCGGAAAAUUGGGAGAAAACAUCUCUGCCAAGCGAAUAAAAGCCUUUUACGCACCACAAGAUUCUGAGUUUUAUAAUGGUUCACAUCCGAAAGACGGCCUCCAAGAUGUCCCAAUGGGCCGAUUUGUUUCUCUAUUGGCUAUGAACAGGAAAAAGAUAGAAGGACAAUUUCCCACCGAACGUCUAGCCGAUCAACUAUGCCAGCAUAUUAUUGGAAUGAGAAGCGAAUCAUUGGGCACUCCAGUCGAUCCAAACGAAUCCAAGAAACAAACCGAAACAGCAAAGAAUGCCGACGGUCAAGAUGAACUGAAUGAAUUCUUUCAAGGACAGACAACUCAAAUGGAUGCCGAUGAAACACGAUUACUCCGGCAGUCUUUCAUGUUAAAUCCAUCGCAAACUGUUUAUGAAUACGUCACGGGGCACAACGCAUCAAUCAAAGACUUCGUUCGUUUCGAAUUAGGAGGAGAAUCAUCUGAU